GGAGCAAGCGCCGGAAGCGCAUUUCGCCUCCGUCGGGCGCCGGGCAGGAGUCGCGAUGGGCCGCAGCCGCUCCCGGUCGCCUCCGCGGAGGGAACGUCGGCGUUCCAGAUCCACCUCACGUGAAAGAGAGAGGAGGAGACGGGAGCGAUCAAGAUCUCGAGAAAGAGACAGAAGGAGAAGCCGUUCUCGUUCUCCACAUAGACGGAGAUCCAGAUCUCCUCGGCGGCAUAGAUCUAGUUCUGCUUCUCCUUCCCGGCAGAAGGAAAGGCGAGAGGAUGAGGACAGCAAAGAUGUCAAAGGCAAAGAACGUCAAAUCACAGAAGAAGACCUGGAAGGCAAAACAGAAGAAGAAAUUGAAAUGAUGAAAAUGAUGGGAUUUGCCGGAUUUGACACCACAAAGGGCAAGAAGGUAGAUGGAUCUGUAAAUGCUUAUGCUGUAAACGUGUCACAGAAACGGAAAUACAGGCAGUACAUGAACAGAAAAGGUGGAUUCAACAGGCCCCUGGACUUUAUUGCCUGAUUUGUCUGCAGUUUUACCGAUAAAAAACCCCAUUGUAGUCACAUCUGUCUGGCUAAGAGGUUUUAUCUUGUCACCCAAAAGGGGGGGGUGUCAUUUUUGUGAAUAAUUCCUUGAAGUUACAUUUCCUAGGCUAAGAUGGUAAUUUUUUCCUCUCUCAAAUGUAUCUUUAUCCAGAGUGGUUUUUCUGGUGUUGCUAUUCCACAUUUGUAGGUUUCCUCUUUUAAAUAUUGUCAGUUAAAUUAAAAAAAAUCUUGAUUGCCUCCUUGAGUAAAGUUGAACUAGACCAACUUUCCUAAAAGACAGAAUCAAAAAUUGGUAAUACUUUGAUUCCUGAACUAUGUUGAUGUUUACAGGAAUUAUUUUUUCCAUUGUUGAAUUCUUUUUAAACAAUGCCCGGAAGACCAUCGGUUCUUGGCACAAUGGGACGUAGCUUCUUCAGCCACGUAACGUAGUUCAGAUCCUGUAUUGGUUGUCUCCAUCCAGCAGAGGGCACUCAAACCAGCAAGUGAUUGAAGCACUUCCCUUGUAUGCUUGCAUCAUGCCCUUAAGUUUUUCCAGCAAUUCACUGGCAUUGUUUGGGAUAUUUGAUUUGCAUAAUGGC